AUGGCGACGCGAUUUCGAGUGGGAUCGGCAAAAGCGAAAGCAGCUGCAGGGCCCACUGUGCCGGAGGCCGGCGAAGUGAGCAUUGCGACGAUCGCAAGCGGCCAGAUGCCUUUGACUCCAGUGUCCUGCCGUGGACGGAUUCACACGAUCUUUGGUACCCAGGAGCGAUACCCUGUGUGCAAGUUUAUCAUGUCGGACAAGCCGGGUCCAGACGGAGCAGAGCCUGUGUCGAUCGUGGUGAAGCUAAGUGCUGCUCCAGGACAACGCUUGGAGUUGGACAGCAUGGUGUUGGUGCUCAACGCUGAAGUGCGAGCGCUGUGGAAGCGCCCGGACGGUAGCAUUCCGGAAGAAUGGUUCUGCGAUCGUCUUGCCCCUCGAGAGCUCGGGUGCAAUAUGGCAGAGCAGGGGAAGCGCAAGAGAGGUGUCUUGUCAACGAUUCGGCUCCUGCGGGAAGACCCAUCCUACGAUGUCUAUCCAAAGGCAGCCUUUGAUGUAUUGCCGUCGAUGCCGACAGCGUUGCCCUCAGAGCCGGACGUGCAGAUGGCCAACGUCCAAGUGCGGGUGGUGGACGUCGGGGACGUGUCGGGCGGCGACCGGGCGAAGAAAAUGAUUCGUGUGGCAGAUGCAGCUGCCGAAGACGAUUCUGUGGAGAGCCUGUACGACAUUGCACUGUAUGACGGCCACGCCACCGCAGAGAUGAUCCGCGCAGAAACCACUAUCGCGAUCAUUGGCUUGAGCUUGGUGCGUGGUGGAUACGCAUACGUUGGUACGCCGCCGCAGCUGUGCCUGGCCAUGGAGGAGGAGAAGCUGUCGACAGACUUUCAAAAGCUUGGGGUCCGCGUAGACAAGAGCGAAGAGCCGGGAGAGCAGCACGCGGGGCAUAGCACAGGAGACGAUGGAGCUGCUUCCGAGGCAACAGCAAUGCACAGCUUCAACUACAUGUUGGACCUAAAUGUCCCAGGCCAUUUCGCAACCCAGGCCUCAGCGCGGCGGUUUCUGCAGAGCGUGAUGUGCCUUGGCUGUCAUGAGGUUAGAGCCUGCGUGAGGCCGUUGCGGUGGACUAUGGCAAUCCCACUGAAAGAAGGACUGCAAAUUCGGUGCGCGUUCCAGGGCACGGCGGAGCAAGGCAAGCAGCUUCUCGAGAAGAUCCGGGCGGUGGGCCGGCUUCGGGAGCUGAACGAAGGGGAUGCGCAACGUCAGAAGCAGGACGUGGUGGGAGGGCUGGUGGUUAGGUGGGCAGAGGAAGGUGGUGACAUGCGUAGACAAGCCUAUCGAGCUCGGCAGCAAUUGGUUGACAACGUGGCGUCACUGAAGCGUAGCAACGAUGCAGCAGUUCACCUGGCCCAGCUGCUCCCUCCAGGGGGACGUGCGGCAAAGAUGCGGCGUGCGGUUAGCCAUUUGGGCGAAGUAUUGGUCAUUGGAGCCUUGUUGGCAGAACAGCAGCAAGAUUUGUGUUGUAAAGUCGAGGCCCAAAGUAUCAACGCGGCCAGCUGUAGCUUUGCGGGGGCACAUUUCGAGACGAAGCCAAAACUGUCCGCGAUUGUCGGUGUCAGGGGAAGUCGCGUGACAGCUGCCACGGUUCGAUCAGCCAGCCAGAGCGUUGCUGACAAUGUGCCUGCAGAAGAAGAGGCCAUGGUGGGGAAGAGUGAGAGAUGGAGAAAGUUUGGGUCAGGGGUGUAA